UAAAGAAAAGAGCUUGUAACCAGGAGGUCCCCGGUUCAAAUCCCACCUCAGCCACUGACUCAUUGUGUGACCCUGAGCAAGUCAUUUAACCUCCUUGUGCUCUGUUUUUCGGGUGAGAUGUAAUUGUAAGUGACUCUGCAGCUGAUGCAUAGUUCCCACACCCUAGUCUCUGUAAGUCGCCUUGGAUAAAGGCGUCUGCUAAAUAAACAAAUAAUAAUAAUGUCCAACUGACACUUAGAACUAGCAGAUGUUGAGAAAAGUUGUAAUGGUUUAAAACAGGUUUAAAACAGCUUCAAAGGGGCUCCCAAGUGGCUCCGACGCUGUAGCUCUUGGGUGGCUGGAUGGUGAGUCAGAGGACAGCGUGUGUUCGUCUUCACCCUCCCGAGUCAAUGCUGGGGUGGUAGCGGUGAGCUGAGCCUAAAAAUAAUUGGCCAUUUCCAAAUUGGGGAGAAAAUAAUAAAAAUAAUUGGCAAUGACUAAAUUUAAAAAAAAAAAAAACCUUCAAAUAAUUGCAUUUCAUUUUUUUCCCUCCCCCUUAUCUUUUAUGGUGAUUUUCUGAGUGGUUCUGAGUUUUCUAAUUCCAAAUCAAUCACACCAGGCAGUUACCUUUUUACUCUGCUGGCUUCAUACUAUUGGUAUUAAGGAGGUGGGGCCAGUAGAGCUGAAAGUUCAUUUAAGUUAUUGGAAAACAGCAAGUACUCAGCAUUAAUAUUUAUUGUUAGGUUCCAGAUUUGAUAAAGAUAUGUGCUUAAACAUGACAAGCCCAAUGUAAACAGGCUGAAUUUGCAUUAAAAAAAACAAAACAAAUAUAAAUUAGCCUACUCAUGCUCAUGAAACUAAAACAAAGAUGCUGAACAAGGGGAAAGGAAUGUCUAACAAGAUUGUGUGCAUAACCUUUGCCAAAUAUUUAGAUAUGUAUAACCACUAAUUCCCUUCGACAUUUUAAUGUAAACCUAACCUUUUGAGUUGUGUAUAUACAUUGCAUUUUUUUUAUCAGCACAUCAGAAUAAACUGACUAAAUUAUUUGUUUGUUUUUCUUUUUAGGUGCCUCCUUCACACUGUGACCAGAAAGAAAAGUUCUCCGCUGAAUUCUUCAGUAGCCACCAGCCCAUCCCUAGCUAUAAUGUAGGAAGCCUUGGAGUGAUUGAGUUCUUUCAGCUGGAGCCUGGGGAGUAUUUAAUUGUGCCAUCUUCUUACAACAAAGACCAGGAAUGUGACUUUUUUCUAUCCAUGUACUCCAAGACCAGCCAUAAAGAAAAAAUGGAUUCUGAUCUUAAUUUACAAUUCUCUCAGCUAAGUGUUUCACAUGUGAACUCUCACAAGAAGGUUUUUGCCAAAUAUUCUAGUCAGGGCCAAGAAAUCAAUGCUAAUGAUUUGCAAAGACUCCUUAACGACAGUCUGAAGGGAAAUAUCUCUACAACAGGGGGAUUCAGCUUUGAUGCUUGCAAAGGAAUUCUAGCUGUCAUGGAUCUCAAUGCCAAUGGAAAACUGAAUACUAGUGAAUUUGAAGAAUUGUGGAAAAAGAUUACUGACUACCAGGAAAUCUUCAACCAAUGUGAUGAGAAAAGUUCUGGAUUGCUCAAUUUACAUGAGAUGAAGAAUGCAAUACUGGCAAGCGGUAUUAAACUAAGUGACCAUCUUUUGGAUAUUGUGAUUCAGAGACACACAGACCCAUCAGACAAAAUUAAUUUGGAGAGCUUUCUGUGUCUAAUGCUACGCCUAAGGUCUAUGACUAAAAGAUUUAGACAAAGGUCACAUGACGGAAUAGGCAUUUAUCUUCAGGAGGAAGAGUGGAUGUUUUACACCAUGUAUUCAUGAAGAUACUGGAAUAAUACUACUGCGUUUAAUAGGACUGGACGAAAAUAUGUAAUUGGUUAGGCUGCCACCUUUAAACAUUUGAACACCUCUGUUAAGUUUACUACCAAUAAACGUUUAUAAAAUUAAUAAACUGUAAACUAACAGCUGACAGGUCUGUAUCACUUAUCGGCUAUACAUUUUUGUAUUAUGUUGCAAUCUCAUGCUGCAUACUUUUUCUCGCAAAGGCUGUAGAUAUAUUUUUUUACAUACUUACAUGUCAGCACUAGUAUGCAAGAAACUGUUAAGAAACUACACACAACGCACCUGACCACACUAAACUUAUAGCCAAAUAAGUACUCAGAGGUUGCAUGUGGAAUAUAAAAUUACCUUGCUGUAUAUCAUGAUGCAGUGUCAACAUUUUAAAAUAAUCACAUUUUCUUCUCCUUUUGGAAAAGGAGACGGUAUAGGAAAGUGGUACAUGAAUUUCAAUUAAGAAUUGCUGUUUCAAAUAACUAUAUAUAACCAACCUCUGAUACGAUCACUUAUAUGUUUAGUGAGGUAAAUCUAAAGCAGUUUUACUGCCAAAAUAAUUAAUUGUAUUCUUAGCUUGACAUCUUGCUUCAUAUUAAUUAGCCAUGAGGUUUUCUGAAUGCUCUGUACUCCAACACAGAAGCACAUGUGAGCAAAUAACUUUUCCUUAUGUAUCUAAUUAAUUUUUCUACCUUAAUAAAAAAAGUGUAUAAUGCACUAGUACUUCAGUAAAUGUGAAGUGGUGUUUAAUGACAAAUUGAACGCAAGCUUUUUUAUAUAUCUUAAUAUACCUGUAUUUUGAAAAGGCCCAUCCAUGGUUUAAACAGUGCUAUUAAUUUUACUACAGGUAUAUUACACGUUUACAAAAAAUAUAUAAAUGUGGCAGGCUUAGCAAUCGAUUGUAAAUAUACUUUCUUUUUGAUGAUCUGAUUAAAAAGAUGUGCUCAUUUAAAAAAAAAAAGUUUGACUUUCACCAUUGGAGGCUCAAGACAUCAAUAACUUCCUGACUUUAGCCUUUGAAAUGUAAGUUCAUUCACUGGUAAAUCUUAAAUAUUAAAAUAUAUAUUUCAAGAAUGAAGAAUACGAUCCACGUUGUUUUGCUUCUUUUUGGAUUAUGAAAGGUUACAACUGAAUUCAGACCGUAUAUGGAUGUGCCUCACAUAAGAUUAUAUACUGUACAAUUCCAAACAUUUCUGCAUUAAGUUAUUUAGGGCUAAUGUUAACCCUUUGUUUAAGAAGAGAUAUCUUAAAAACGGGAAUCUCCCUUCUUUUAAUCUGUCCCUGUGAUUUAUAAACUGCACAUAAUAUACUCCUCAAGUAAAACACAUGUAAGAUAAAAUAAAAACUCGACCAAUUAUUUUCAUAUGCGCUUCUGUGAUGGAGUAGGGAGCAUUGAUCAACUGAAAUUUGCACACUACCGGAUGUUAAGUGCACACAAACAGCAGCUUUUAUUUUCAUCAAUAUUUCCACAAUGCAAACUGAGACUGAUCAACUUGUACAAGUAACUUCCACUAGAAAAAUAACAAUAAAGCCAAAAAACUAACAAUAAAACAACUUUGAUUUAAAAUAAGCUUAAAGUAACUGUUUAUUAGUAUUUUAUUUAACAGAGGAGUAAGGUGGCAGCCUUAUAUAACGGUAUAAAUAUAAGUACUAUUCAGGGGUUUAUACAUAGGCCACUGGCAGAAUGUCUGAGUUUUUGAAAUACUUGAUAGCUGUAAUUACACCUCAAGCCAUGCCUUGUAAAUGAAUGCUUUAUUUAAAAUAUAAAUCUUUGUACCAGGUUGUUUAGAGAAAUAGUGCAUUGGUCAUUCCUGGUAUGGAAGUGGUGUAGGGUAAAAAAAAUCAUGUUUAGUAGUAAGGAAAAAAAAUACAAUUCAAUUAAAUAGAAAAUCUCACAUUAUGUUAUGUCAAUUUGAAGAUCACUUGCCUGUCAAGCGGGACACAGUUUGAGUACAUCUGAAUCAUGUGACCAACCUGGAUGGCAUAAGGCUUUCUGUUCAAACAAGUAGCUCAUGUUAAAUAAAGUUUGAACAGUCAGUUACAUGCCACUAAAAGUCUAUCAGUUCCUAUUGAUUCAUAUUGGAAAUGUAAUUGGAGACUGAAGUUGUUUGCAGCAGAAAAGAAUUUGGGAAGGAUUUAGGGGAAGAUCUUUGUGCUGCCACAGCAGGCUAGCUUCUGGAGACCAGUCAGUUCAAAAGUGAAAAGCGUUUGGUGGUUUUGUGAUUGGGAAAUUAAGUCCACCAAACUUAUUCAACACAUUUGGAGGUCUUUGCAUGAGAGAGACCCAUGUUAGAUUUUCAGGAGGUGUCAGAUAUAGUUGUGGCAGGCCCCGUGGAGGGAAGUUCUCCUGGGUUUUGCCAGGACCAUGUCUAACUGUAGCCAGUGUCAUCCACCCUGAUGUUUCCUGAGCACUGCUACUUCAAGCCCACAUUUAUUUUAUGGCCUUAUUUAACAAUAGUUAACAGAUCUCCACAUUAACUUUAUUAACUAAUAAAACAAGGCCCACAUCUGGAGAUGUUAAUCUGCAGUCCACUCAAACAAAUGGCACUUUCCCAGCAAGACAAUCAAAGCAAUUGAACAUCAAAAAGACACCAGGCUUCGAACAACUAAUCAAACGAACAAGCAAAAAUACUUUUUUAAAUUUGACAAAGAGAACUAAAAUUUAAGGAUAUUUUCACAUCAUCUUGAUUUUAAAAUCUUUAUGAGCACGAUGUAUGAAUAGUGCUCUCAUGCCCCCAACAAAAAAAAAUAUCAGUCAGCAAAUCUCCUAGAUAAACUGAAACUAUUUACAACUUUAACUAAGGAUGCAUCCUGACGUGUUUAAUAUCUAAAGAGAGACCAUUUCUUUUGGGCAUAGUAGCAGAAAUUCAGAAUAAAAUAUAAGACACGGCAAAUAUGAUAUACUUUUUUAAGUUUUUCCUCCUUCACCUUUAUUAUUGCCCUGCAUUCUGAAAGACGGGGUGGGGUUAAUGCCCCAAAUCUUAAGACUGCUGUCUAACCAAUAAGAAUGCACCACAAGAAACUCAAAUAAUUUAUUUGUUUGAAACAGUAUAAAAACCACGACUCUAGAGUCAUCGCUCAGCUCAGAAACUAUCUACUAAGAUUGCUGCAGCCUUGACAUUGCCAUGCUUCCAGACUCUAUCAUCAUCAGAAUUUAACUAUGUAUAAUUCUUAACUUCUAUCGACAUUCAGGUAUAGCUAGGUUAUCGUGGGUUUGGUGUGAUUUGUGCAUUCUUUGUUAAUCAUCAGUAUAUACUAAGGUGAAUUUAACAAACAUUUAAUUGAUAAAUUGUUUCCUAAUGCCUUGGGUUUUAUUGUAAUGUUGUUUUAGUGUAAUAUUGACUGUGUAAUUGUUUUGGUUGAUUUUCUGAGUGUAUUGUGAACAUAUUGUGUGAAUGCAUGUUUAAUAAAUUCCAUUGUUUUGGUUAAA